AUGUCAGAUUCCAACACAACCUUCUUCACCCACCCCUCCACCUUCAUCCUGCUGGGCAUCCCUGACCUGGAAGUGGUCCACAUCUGGAUCUCCAUCCCCUUCUGCACCAUGUUCAUCAUAGCCCUCUUGGGGAACUUCGUCAUCCUGUUCAUUGUGAAGACAGAUCCAAGCCUCCAUGAGCCCAUGUACUAUUUCCUCUGUAUGCUGGCUGCCACUGACCUCAUCCUAUGUACAUCCACCCUACCCAAAAUGCUGAGCAUCUUCUGGUUCAAUUCCAGGGAGAUUGAUUUUGAUGCCUGCCUCACCCAGAUGUUCUUCAUUCACACCUUCUUUGCUAUGGAGUCUGGGAUCUUCAUGGCCAUGGCUUUUGAUCGCUAUGUGGCCAUCUGCGAUCCCCUGAGACAUUCCACCACUUUGAGAAACCCCAUCAUUGUGAAGAUGGGACUGGCCAUACUGCUGCGUGGCAGCAUACUCGCACUUCCCUGUCCCUUGCUGGCCAGGCAGUGGCCAUAUUGCAGAACCAACAUCAUCCCUCACACCUGCUGUGAGCACAUCGCUGUGGUGAAUCUGGCCUGUGCCGACAUCCGCCUCAGUAGUUACUACGGCCUCUUUGUGGCAAACAUGGUGAUUUGUCUGGAUGUGUUUUUUAUCACUGUGUCCUAUACUCGGAUCCUCAGGGCCAUCUUCAGCCUCCCCACCAAGGAUGCCCGGCUCAAGACUUUUGGGACCUGUGGCUCCCACCUCUUUGCCAUAUUAGCUUUUUAUAUCCCAGGUCUAUUCUCUGUCUUCACGUAUCGGUUUGGCCAUAAUGUGGCCCUGAAUUUCCAUGUUCUCUUUGCCAAUGUGUGCCUCCUGGUGCCCCCCAUGUUAAACCCCAUCAUUUUCGGUGUGAGGACCAAACAGAUCCGGGACAGGAUCCUCCGACUUUUUACUAAUAAAGGAACCUAA